AUGGAUCAAACCUCAGUGCUGCUCGUCUUGUCCUCGUUGCUCCUCCUCUGCCACCACGCGCGCGCCGACUGCGAGCCGACGACGACAUGCGGCAACCUCACCGUCAAGCCCCCGUUCUGGCUCGGCGAGCCCGGGCGUCCGCCGUGCGGGCCGCCGUCCUUCCAGCUCCAGUGCAGGGGCGGCGAAGCGUUCGUGGCCCACAGUUUCUUCCAGACUUACCAGGCCGUCCGCAUCUUCACCGACAACUCCUCCGCCGUCGUCGUCGACAGGAGCCUGCCGCUGGAGAGCGGCUGCCCGGUGCCGUGGUUCAACAUCUCCAUCGGCUUCGUGAUGGGGCCAUUCCUCAUCAGCAGAGCCAACAAAGAGCUCGUCUUUGUCCACAACUGCACCACGAAGCGGCGGACCGCGCCGCCGGAGGGCUUCCGCCGUAUGCCCUGCAGCCCCGACGAGUCGUUCGUCUUCCUCGGCGAGGGCAGGCGGUACACCCCGCCGGAAUGCUCUCUGUCCGUCGUGCCGGUCCGUGGGUUCCAGGACGGGGACUACGUCGCGAGCAUGAGGCAAGGGCUUCUCCUGGAGUGGAUGCUGGUGCCAGGGGAUUGCCAGAAGUGCUCGGCGAGCGGCGGGCAGUGCGACUACAGCAACGACGGCAUGGGGUUUACGUGCAAAUGCCCCGACGGCGUCCAGAGCCCCACGAACUGCAGCGCCGGUAGCAAGGGGAGCCACAGAAAGGUACUGCUAAUAGUUUUGAUAUCUGCAGCUGCAAGCCUGAUCUUUCCAUGUAUUUAUGUGCUGAUAUGGUAUAGAAAGGGGAAAAUGUUGUGUUUUCUCCUCUGCAAUAAGACUCGCAGCAGCAAUGAAAAGAACAUUGAGAAGUUAAUACUAUCGUAUGGAUGCCUAGCUCCAAAGAGAUAUAAGUAUUCAGAGGUAGCGAAGAUGACAUCAUUUCUAAGUAAUAAGCUUGGAGAAGGUGGUUACGGUGUGGUUUACAAAGGAAGGCUACAGGAUGGUCGUCUGGUUGCCGUGAAAUUCCUUCAUGACUCCAGAGGAAACGGGGAGGAAUUUGUGAACGAGGUAAUGAGCAUUGGCCAGACAUCACAUGUUAAUAUUGUUAGCUUAUUUGGAUUUUGUUUGGAGGGCUCAAAACGAGCUCUUAUAUAUGAGUACAUGUCCAAUGGUUCUCUGGAUAAUUACAUUUACUCAGAAAAUCCCAAAGAAAUUUUAGGAUGGGAAAAGCUCUAUAAAAUAGCAAUCGGGAUUGCUCGUGGGCUAGAAUAUUUGCACCAUAGUUGCAAUACACGGAUUGUGCAUUUUGAUAUAAAGCCUCAAAAUAUCCUUCUAGACCAGGGCUUUUGCCCAAAGAUUGCUGAUUUUGGUUUAGCUAAAUUGUGCCGUACCAAGGAGAGCAAGCUUUCAAUGACUGGGGCUAGAGGAACAAUUGGAUUCAUUGCUCCGGAAGUUCUUUAUCGAAGCUUUGGAGUUGUUUCAACAAAGUCAGAUGUUUACAGUUAUGGAAUGAUGUGGCUUGAGAUGAUCGGAGGCCGGAAAAAUGUGAAAUCAAUGGUUCAAAAGUCUAGUGAAAAAUAUUUCCCAGAUUGGAUUUAUGACCACUUUGAUCAAGGUGACGGAUUACAAGCUUGUGAAGUCACAAGUGAGGCUGAGGAAAUUGCCAAAAAGAUGACAAUAAUUGGCUUGUGGUGUGUACAAGUACUGCCAAUGAAUCGCCCAACUAUAACCCAUGUUUUAGAUAUGUUUGAGAAAGCUUUAAAAGAUCUGGAGAUGCCACCAAAGCAAAGCUUUUGUGAACUGCUAGAACAUCCAGUUCACAAGUUAAAUGCAGAAAGCACAAGCUCUAUUAGUAGUGAGAAAGCACAUGCUGUUAGUGAAGUACUGAAGGUUGAAGAGAUUAGCCUUGUGAGUUCAGAAUUCCUACAGAGACUACCAACCAUGUGAACAGAUUACAGAUGGGCUGUGGUAUUCAGAAAUUAGCACAACACCAUCGAAAUUUGGUAUUGUGGCAUAUAACAUCUGUCAACUAUUGUCUUGCUGUUGAAGGUAGCUAACCUGAAGGUUGAAUCUACCGUGUUUUCCUUUUCAUUUUAGAGGACAAAGUUAUGAAUUUUGCAUCAAUAGCCAACCCUACAUACUACGACUAGAAAAGGAAGAACCCAUAUGAUCUCUGAAACCGAGAGUAUCAAUCUCAACUUAUUUAACUUCGAAUGGAUCCACUGGGAAACACAAGCCCCAUGGUCCAUCGUUUCUGAAGUCUGAAGUAUACCUAUUAUUUCUUUGAACUUGUUUCCCUCAAAACGACAUAGUGGCAACAAUUAAAUGGCAAAAUUAACAUUUGUUCCAUCUACGAGUGUGCAAAGAAGCGAAAUCCCAACGAUUUGUGACAGAAUCUAGCACGGGGUGUAGGUUACUUACUGUCUCCUCCGAAAGAACUAACGGAGAAGCUGGCGCCCUUCCCCAGUCUCGAUAAGCCUCUGCCCAGUACACCAGUAGCGCCCUGUCCUGCCUCUUCAUAUCCCUGGCAAGGCUAGGGCAGAAUGCCACACUGCCAUGGCUGCUGCAAUUCCCCAUCCACCAGUAGCCUUACGGCCGCCAUCACCGCAGCCAUGGCGGGGACUAUCCUUUGCUCGGCAGUUCCGUCCAUGGCAGCGGCCGGAAAGCGAGGCACUUACUGCUGCAAUGGCCAACGGCACUGCAGGGCAUCACGGCCAUGGCAGGCAGCCACCCGCCGCCG